CUGCCUUUCACGGCGUUUCAAAGGUACGCCGUAUGCCUGAGCUUCCCCGCUUGCUACGUCUCCAGCAAGGCACCCGUUUCACGCGCCUGGCCCGCUCGGCGUUAGGCAGCGUCCGCACCUACCUUCACCCGAGCGGCCUCCUACCCUCUUACCCCUCCACUGCCGGAGUCUCUAACACUCUUGUCUUGGACAACCAGCUGACAUGCCUCCAAGUGAUCCCCAAGCAACUCCGGAGUUCCAGUAUCCGCCGGUGCAGGCUGACAGCUCACUCACCAGUCUUGACCUCAACACACUCAUGAUGAAGUCGACCACACGUCGGCUGCCAGAGCAGCUCGACAGCUCUCUGGACGAUAGUACCUACGAAAUGCUGACCGACAGUCUCAUCGAGCUGUCUGACGACGAAGCCCACACUGCCUCGAUUGCGUCCACGUCUGACGACCGUACGCCCGACGAUGCUUCAACGUUUAGCGACGAUGACGACGAUGAUUUUGAAGACCAUCACCGAGCACUCGACGAGAGCAUUCCAUCCGUGCAUGCUACCACCACAUACGAUGAUCUCGAAACCCCUGUGGCGACGAGCGGAGACGACAGCAUGAUCACGAUGGUGCCGGACCAUCUCGAGAGUAGCGGGGGUUUAAGAAUGCUACAACUUGAGGAACAGCCCACAGAGAACGACGAAGCUACGUUGGGCAGCAUCGUUCUUCGGGCCUUUCCUACACAGACACAAGAGCUGCCCAAGGUACUUGAAGUGUACGGACAACCGCAAGUACGGUUGCUGGUAAAAGCGGCGCUCUCGCCCCGAUAUCUCUCCACGCCGGAGACGUACAAGAUUCUUUUCCUUGGUUCGCCCGAGAAGUGGGCGCAGGACGACAUCAUAAGUCACAUCCAUGCGGCGUUAAGGCUGUCACCUAGCAACACAAGGUCAGUAAUGGUUCGAGGUCAGAUGGAGCCCCUCGGGACUGUCAUCGAUGCUCAGCGCUGCUUGCAAUAUGAGAUCCGCAGUGCUGAAGCUACUGGUCCUGAUGUCGCACUUCGCAUGGAGAACGGGCAGCACCUCAGGCUCAAGCGUCGAUCAAAGCCACGAUUUGACCUUGCAAUCCUCUGCCAUACUGAGACCGCCACUGACAUGCAGGCAUACGAUUCACUUCGUACCGCUUUCAGUCAGCAUCAAAUCCCAUUGAUCGAACUCACAGACAUUAAGCCAUACGGUUCUGGCGCUAAGACGUACGAUACGCGGAGCUUAGCUGUUUGUAUUGAAGGUCGCAGCGACGACAAGGCCGAGUUUGAGUUGCUUGAGGUGCUCCCUCUGGACACGUACAGCUUUUGCGAGCUGGAGCCGGCCCAGGUCAACCGCCACUUGGCACUAAUCAGUCCGCACCUGGCUCCGCCUACAAUCGGAACCGCCUCAAAGACGCGACUUACAGCGGUGGGUGACACUGUCCGCGCCGUCGGCAAGCAAUUACGAACAGGAGCACCAGCUACCACCAAGGUGCUGCUCAUCUCUAUUGCACUUACUGCGAUGGUGUCGGCUUUCGUUUUCAGCCCAAUGUUCAUGCCACUUGUCUUUCCGAAGCCCACGGAAAUGGUAGCUGAACCAAUGGCGAUACCUUCUCUCUCGGUAGCGAGCCCACUCGUCACGCCGCCUGCAGUCACUUCCUCGAGCUCUGUUUCCAUCUCCCCUUUAUCUUCCUCGUCUGUGGCGGGACCAAAGGGCCUCACGGUUCUUCCUUCAGCUUCCAAAAGGACUAAGCCAAAGCAAAGUAAGAAAGAAGUCGAGAGGCUCAGUGGGUUCGAUAUCCAGACAGCUGGCGAGAAGCAGUUCAUUCUCACUCCUUCGAAAGAGCUGGUCACCUCGAGGAAGAAGCCGCAGCUUCAAAUCCAAGUCUUCCGUGAUGCCACCUUGGUCCCUGUACAUUAUGUCAGAACCAUCCUCGGCGAGUACUUUGUGGAUCUUGAAGACGAGUACUCCUUCGGCGCUUUCAACGUCAGCAUUGCAAGCUACUCUAAGCCUCUACUACGUCAGUCGUUCGCGAUCAGCUUGGGUCACAACAAGACUUGGUUCGAUCAGAUGGUUGAACUGUCCAUGCAGAAGGCCAUGAGCGCUCGUACCGUGUUCCUGGAAACGUCUUCUUCAGCUGCGGAGCAAGUCCAGGCUAAGCUAAACAACGUCGUUGGUCCCAAGGUUAGUCAGUGGAUCGAAGAAGGCCGUCGGUUGGAACAAGCUGCCCACAGCGCCGCGAAAGAAGGCCUUGAGUCCGGUGCCGAGCUCAUUAAGCAUGUGCCCGAGACCACCUGGACGGGUCUGAGGAAGGCGACAGCUCCUGUCCGGCUGUCGCAGACGAUGUGGAAAGCCAGGACGAACGCCCUCCGAGCACGCUGCGCCAUGGAGACAGCUUCUGGAAGGUGGUUGAAGGUGUCUGAGCAGCCUAGCCGGGCUUGCAGCGAGCUGGCUCAGCAGAAGGUGGGGGUCUAAGUGGCCAGCAGUAGGCUGUGCCUGGUUGAUGGUGUUCUCACGGAUGGUUCUGGCGUUUGGGCUACAGCAUAGGGUUGGAAGACGCAUGCAUUAUCGAAGCAGGGGUUGCGAUUUGAUGACGGUAUGGCGUUUGUUGGGUUUUUCCAGAUACCAAGCACGGGGCGACGUUGGCGUCCGGCUGCUGCUAUUCUCUCUGUCAAGGGCUUGAUAUCACGCCUGUCUAAGUAGAUGUCCAAUACAUACCCGUCACUGAUUUCAGGCUGACAUGGAUGCUGUGCC